AUGGUUUGGAUCCCACCGCCAAGCGGAGAUGACGAAGCUCAGCGAUUCUUCGGAAUGUUUGGAGCCGAGACCACCUCCUACGGCGACUGCUAUAUGACGGAUUCGUGGUCGUCUAGGCGCUCCCAGCUAUCAGACCGCAUGAGGUUGCGUCAGCUUCACUUGGGUGCAGGAGCACUGCUGCAGGAACCGGCAACCAGGGCGGAACGAUUCCAGUGCUUGUGCAAUGCAGCCAACCCGAGCAACACCGCUGCUGCAACGGCAUAUGAGCAGAUCCGCCAGAAACGACCGUGCACGGAGAUGGACUUGCCCUUCUUUUGUGAUUGGGAGCAGAACCCGGCCGCUGGAAAAUGCACUCCGUCGCCCUUCGUGCCCUGCUUGUUGACGCAUGGCAACCUGGUGGAGCACACAUCCGCCCGAGCUUUGACUGAUGCUGAGCUCCUCAAUGUACAUGGUUGGGGAACUCUCAGGAACGACCGCUACAGCUCCGACAUCAUGCAGGUCGUCGCCUCACUAUCCUCUUCGUCGGCAACGAUUUCGAGAACUAUGAAGACGUUUGUGGGCAAUUCGAUGCACAUUCCGAGUGCGCUUGCUGUCCUACUGUAUGGCUUCACAAACAUGUUGCGGUUGAGUGACGUGAACUCCAGGGCAUGGCUGAUCACCCGCCGAUCUGCCUCGUGGAGCAAUGAGAUCGGGGCCGCUUCUCCAGGCCGGCGUGCUGCUGCUGCUUUGUGUGAUGCUUCGGCUGAGUCUUCGAUGUCGGCCAGCCCAAAGAGAAAGAGCAAAGGCAAAGGCCGUGGAAAAAAGCGGCAGGCAGAGGACAUGGCUGAUGAUGCGGCCGACGAUGUUGCAUUUCGAAGAGCUGCGAGUACGAUUUUCGACUGA